UUGAACAUUUUAAUUGUAGUCAGCUUAUUAGUAAUGUUGCAUAAAAUCUGUACCAGCAGAACAUGCAUCAUAGCACCCAUCCUUCUUUACUCAUUCUUUUAACAGUGUUUGCUUUGUUUGUUACCAGUUUUGCAACAACUACAGCAAUCCCAAGUGAAUUCAACAAAUUUCCUGGUGGAUUCAUCAUGAUGGAGAAGGAAGGCAUUCAUUUGGUGUAGACCAGUGGAUGCUCCUCCAAAGGUUUGCUCAGGAACUGUUACAACAGGGUUUGGUGGACAAUGCGGUCCAGCAUGAACAUUAUAGUUUCCUCAGGUCUCUUGAUGACUCUUCUGAGCUCUUGUGGAACAUCUACAAGAUGUCCAUCAGGCUGUUCCUGCAAUGUAAACCACACAGCCUGCAGUGACCUUAACCAACUGGCUUCCUUGGACUCCAUCCUGGACCAGCUUCCCUUUGACACAAGCUACCUCAACCUCUCAAAUAACAACUUCACCACUGUGGAACCUGGGAGUUUCUCCAAUUUUAGUGGCUUGCUACAUUUAGACCUCUCCAGAAACCUUCUCUCCAGCAUCAACCUUGGGUGUUUUUCCAAUCUCAGCAGUCUGCUUCAUCUAGACCUCUCCAGAAACCUUCUCUCCAGUGUCUUCCCUUCAAGCUUCUCCCACUUGAACAACCUGGAGGUCCUGGAUCUCUCUGAAAACCUCCUUGUGAGGCUCCCCGUUAACUUGUUCUCUGACCUCGGCAGCCUAACAGAACUGGUUCUAAGAGACAACAGGCUUAAGGAACUGAAUCCAGAACAGUUCAAAGGUCUGACUGAGCUUAGGCGUCUAGAUCUUUCCUUUAACAGUCUAAGCUCCAUGCCCACACACCUGCUGGAUGGGCUCCAGAAUCUAGUGUGGCUCUCGCUUAUGGGCAACAAGCUGAGAACUCUGCAGCGGACUUCACUUGAGCCAGCGACCGCUCUACAGCAACUUCUGCUCGAUGGAAACCCAUGGAAUUGUAACUGUAAUUUAAUUCCACUCAAGCAUUGGCUGGAAUGGAUUGUAUACACAGGUGGCAGCAUAGAUUCCGCCAACUGCUCCUUUCCUGCUAAUUUGCAUGGUAAGGAUCUUCGCAGUAUCCCUAUGGAGAUGUUCAGACACUGUUACCCCCUCUAUCUGGAGACCAGGGACCCAUCUGCAGCCGAGGGCCACCAGGUACCAGCCGGGUCGGCCGGAGACUGCAUGUGCCAGCGCUACCGGCCUGUGAGUGUGCGUCGAGCGACUGCCACGGUGGUGGUAGCUGGGGUGGUGUGUGGCGUGGUGUGUGUGAUGAUGGUGGUAACAGCCACCUACGGCUGCAUCUACGCAAUGCUGAUGGCUCACGAACAGCAGCAGCUGAUAGAGAGAAACAGCCAGCGGCAACAGCCGCUGAUGGUGGCAAAGGAACCAGAACAGGAUGAAAAGGAGGAUCUGAUGCCGACUAUCGGAAAGGGAGCAGAAGCCACAGAGUGCGUAGUGUGGAUGGCAUUUCCUCCAGAAGUGUGUGUUUAAAGCACAUGAGGAACCUAUCGGAAGCUAUAGUUUAUCAUUGAUGUACA